GCGAUCCGCGCAGGAUUUGGCGGAGGUCACGCGGGGGGGAAAAGGCAGCGGAAUCUGGGGAAAGUCUCUUGUUUGCACGCAGAGCGAGAGAUGAAGAGGAACAGUAAAUGACAGCGAGCGCAGAGGGAAACGGGGACGCGCAGACACGCACAGACAGAAGACAGAGAGCCCUGUCUGUCUGCCGGGGAAGAGGAGCCAGCGUCCUCCUCAGGAGCUCCGUGGAUUUUGGUUUUUCUUCUUUAACACAUGCAGAUGUGGGGCUUCUCGCAGAAGCUUCUGAUCCAGAUUUCGCCACAGAAUCCUGCCAGUUGCGUCGUAGUCCAGCGCGUGGAGAAGGGCGAUAAGGAACCAAAUGGCGCAUUUUUUAGAUAAACGAUAGUUAAAAAUUAAUCAACCAUUUAUGACAUUUUUAUUUUUUUAUUCUAAUGUGGGCAGAGUUACAACCCGAUGCGCAGUGACAGGAAGAAAAGCGUAUUAAAUGAGCUCCCACUUGUAUUCAGCGUGUUUGUGUAUUUUACGCACACAUUUCAUACAUUCCUGGCUGGAGUUGAGGGUUUGACGCCGCGGCGUCCGCGCGUAUGUGGCACAUGGAAUGGACGACUUUGGUGCCAAGAUGUGAGGAGAACAAGCGUGUAGGUCCGUGCGUCACACGUGGUCACCCCCGCGAGUAAUUAUCGCCUUUAAGUAGCAGACUUUUUACCUGCGCUCUCGUGGGACUCGAGGAAACGGGGAGCUCCAUGUUUCAGCUACGACACACCGGCUCCCACAGCACCUGCGGGACUUAAAGAGCACAGCUGCUGGGACCUGGAAGCAGCUUGGUGCUGCGAUGCCGGACGCAAUAACGCUGAUAAAGAACCGGACAGAGCCGCGGCUGGGGCAGCUGGAGCGCGCCCUGGCCCCCGAGGGGAGCGCCCGCCCCGCCUGGGUCAUAGGAAUCCUGGCCAGUGUGUUGAUCUUCACCACGGUGGUGGAUGUUCUGGGGAACCUGCUGGUCAUCAUCUCAGUCUUCAGGAACCGCAAACUGAGGAACUCGGGUAAUGUGUUUGUGGUGAGCCUGGCAUUUGCUGACCUUGUGGUAGCCUUCUACCCUUAUCCCCUGGUCCUCUAUGCUCUCUUUCAUGACGGAUGGGCUCUGGGGAACACGCAGUGCAUGGUCAGUGGUUUCCUGAUGGGACUGAGCGUCAUCGGUUCCAUUUUCAACAUCACUGGGAUAGCAGUGAACAGAUACUGCUACAUCUGUCACUCGUUCUCCUACAGCCGACUGUACAGCUAUCGCAACACUUUGCUGUUUGUUGCCUUAAUUUGGGUGCUCACAGUCAUCGCCAUUGUUCCCAAUUUCUUCGUUGGCUCCUUGCGCUAUGAUCCCCGGGUCUACUCGUGCACCUUUGCCCAGAAUGUCAGCAGUUCCUACACGGUGGCUGUAGUGGUGGUUCACUUUCUGGUUCCCAUCGCCGUGGUCACCUUUUGUUACCUACGGAUCUGGGUUCUUGUCAUCCAGGUUCGCCGUAAAGUAAAGACUGAAGAAAACCCGCGCCUCAGACCAAGUGACUUGCGGAAUUUCAUCACCAUGUUUGUUGUUUUUGUGCUGUUUGCCAUCUGCUGGGCCCCGCUCAACCUGAUAGGCUUGGCGGUGGCGAUAGAUCCGACCCGCGUGGCGCCCCGCAUCCCCGAGUGGCUCUUCGUGGUGAGCUACUUCAUGGCCUACUUCAAUAGCUGUCUGAAUGCAGUCAUCUACGGUUUACUCAACAGGAACUUUAGGAACGAAUACAAACGCAUCGUCACCUCUGUGUGGGUGACCCGGCUUUUUGUGACGGAAACGUCGCGAGCCGCCACUGACGGCCGGAGCAUGAGGAGCAAGCAGUCGUUGCCCCCGCCUCUCAACAACAACGAGUCGGUGAGAGAUCGCACAAACAAGGAAUGAGACUGGAUUUCUCCGGCCGCUGGAGGGCAACUCCUGUUUUUAUGUGAAUUUUCCGACAGUUGUGCAGCUAAAGAGUCAAACGUAGCAUAUGAAACUGAAAGACAUGGCUUUGUUUUCUACUUUACUAUAGGAAUACAAACAAUCAUAAAUGUCCUCUGUGAGCUCUUGGAAGUUUUUAAAGUGAAUCAAGUUGGUUUGAAAUGGCUUAACAGGAGUGGACUUGUUUUCUAAAAAAAAAUAAAAAUAAACUGUGAUUUGCGUUAACACAGCAAACCCUUUAGAGAUGCUAUUUCCUGGAAGAACCGAGCUAUGCAUUGCAGUUUCAUGUUGUUACUGUUACUCUUACAAUCUGAAUGGUACUUUUUAUAUAACAUUUAAAAUGUGAUAUCCUUUAAUGUCUGCUUCUGUAGACUAGUAAACUUUUAUUUUUUUUUCACAAAACUGGGUGACCACCACUUUGAAACACUUACAAGUCUCUUUAGUAACUUCAAAAGCCUCAAAUAUUUCAACUCGCCUCACCUACGUAUAUGCUGUCAAUUAGUAAGGGGGGUAAUACGAGUGUGUUGAUGAUGUCAGAUGGAGUUGUACAUGAUGGCAGUAUUCUCAGAUUUACACACUUAGCCUAAAUGCUGCAGUGUAUGUACUUCAUACUGCCUCGUCUGACCUUCUUGCACUGAAAAGAACAAGAAUAAAAACUUAGUAAUACACUAAAUUCAUUCAGGAGAAAAGUUGACUUGUAGUUAACAAAAAAAAUCAAGUUAAACUUACUUAGCACCAAGUUCUGUACUAGGUGCUAUUAUGCUUCAUUUUGGAUUUUGUGCAUGUGAUGUAGCUCGUGGAUGGCACCUCCAAGUCUACUAUUGCUGCUGUUUAAAUCUACAUAUGUGCUGGAAUUCAAAGCUGCUGACAUUGACCAGUUGUAGUUCAAAAGAAAAAGUAUUGUUUAUCAAUAUAUCGCUUAAUUGGAGGAUAUUCUUUUUAAUUCCAUUUAGCCAUCAGAGCAGUGGAGCUUAAACAAUUUAUAUGUGGAGAACGAAGACUUUAAAAGGGGGGCAAAUGAGAACAGCAGAGUGGAUCAAAAAUGCAUAUUUCAAACUGUUUUAUUAUUAUCAGUAGUAUUAUUUCAUUUAAAAUAUGUUGAUUUUGUUAUUUCUGCAAUGCUUAAAACAACUUGCAUUUAUUAUUUCUUAGUCUUUGUCAAUAAUGAUUCUAAUAUUGACUAGAGAACUGGGGGAGAGCGACCCAUCCUGCUCCUCUGUAGCUACGGCCCUGCAUCAGAGGUCGUUUUACCAAAAAAGUGAUACAAAAAUCUUCAGUUUGUUCGGAAUUUAAUUUUGAAGCUCAAAGUUGCUUCAGUAAAAACUAAAAAUUCCUGUGAUGGUUACAAAUAUUUCAAAACACUGUUUGGGUAUUUGAUUUUUAACUAAUCAAAAAGCUUCUAAGCAGUAGAUGUAUAUUCAUCUUGUACGGUUUCGCAGAUGUUUUAAGUUUUUGCAAAAAAAAAAAGCCAGAUUUGGUACGAUGAAAAUGCGUGAGGGCCAACCAUGAGGCCUGCAUUCUUUGAACUUUUAAAAAAAUAUAUUUAUACAAAUUAACUAUUUGAUAAUGCAAUUGGAUACUGUCUUUACAUAGAACAUAAAUAUCUAUGAAGUGUAUAUUUGAAGAACAAAAAUAAAAUGAAGAAAGUGUGUCUGGAAAAGAAAAGAAACGUUUAAAACUGGGUUUAAAGGAAAUUCAAUUUAUUGUACAGGAAAAUAACACAAAUAAUUUUCUUAUUCAGAAGUACCAACCACUGUGAUUUUGAUUAGAGAAACAAAUCAGGUAUUCUGUUUAAGUCAACAUUCUAUGAAUGAGCUAGAAAAUGUUGCCACAAGUUUUCAAUCAUAUAGACCGUUUUUAGAAAGUGCUGGGGGCCAUAUAUUAUUGAUUUUAUGAUAGGAACCCGCUGAAUGUGGGCUGCUUUUGGCCAACAAGCCAUACUUUGGAUAUGCCUGGUACUAUACAGCAUGUCAUUUAAGCUCCUUUGUGUCUCCCUUAAAAGAAUUUCGCAAAAUUUACGCAAAUCUUUGAUCAAAAUCAGAUCUUUGUUUUUAUUCUAUAAUACUGAAAUUAUUUUUCGAUUGCACUUUGAGAGUUUAAAAAGAGAGAAAAGUGUGAAAAUGUUCAUAUUUGCCUGAUAGAAGCGUAUAUAGUAUAAAUCAACUUAUAAUACUAUUUCGCGGAUUUCACCUAUCAUGGGUUAUUUUUAGAGCGCGAUAGACGAGGGACCACUGUAUUCUGGAUCUGUUGCGCCCUCAGUUUUACUGGAAGAAACAGUGGCAAAGCAGAACUAACCUUUACGUGUGAUCUUUAAAGCAUGGUGGAAUUGGAAAUGCUGGAACCGCUCCACUUCCUCUCUGCUGUGCUUCAUUUUAACUUCUAAAGCCCCGCCCUGCAAAGGAGAGUUUUGCUCCAAGGACAGCGUGACAGAGCUCCAUCCACUGACAUAAAAAAUAAAAAAACUAAAUUACAAUGCAAUAACUAUUUUGAAUUCCAUCAAAAAGCCAAGUUCUACUGUGUGAAAAUAUCCUUUAUGCGACCGUUUCUCAAUCCUGAUCCUCCUGGCCUCCUGCUGUGGUCGUUUCACGUGUUUCCUGCACCAACACUCUUGAUUUAAUGCUAUUGUUGAAGAUCUGCAGUCUUGAAGAGUGAAGCUAAAUUAGGCAUGUUGGAAUAGGGACGCAUGUAAAACAUGCAGGGAACGGGGGGGCCCCGUUGAGCGGGAUUCAGAAAUACAGCCUUAUGCACACUUUCCUAUGCAAUUCAUUUUGCUGUGGCGGUCACAGUGCAGGCUAUCCAACAUCAGCUGCUUCUAAAAAACAAUGCCUAGUUAAUUAAGUCAAUCACUUUAGUACAGCCGUUUUUAGGAUGUUGCUACAUAUCAGUGACUUUUUGCAAGUUAAGCGAAUGGUCUGAUGUUCAUUUAAAUGCGAUCCAAGUUGGAAUAAAUUCAGUUCCCAGAAGAAAUUUAUAAAAAAUGCACAGCAUGCAAUACAGACAAGGCUCCUCUGCUUCCUACAUCAUAUGCUGCACAGCAUGUGGUUGUCUUUUAAACUUUUUUUUCUUGUUUUUGUUUUUAUUCUGAAACUAUUAUGCAAAAGCUUUUUAUUUUGUAUGAAUUUCACUGCUAUAUGUUUUUUUUUUGCCUAAAACUUUAUUUACCAGGCAAAUGUUUUGAUAAUUUCACUGUGGUUUUAAAAUGAAGACAAACUAAGCAGAGUAGAUUUUAGUAAAGACGACAAUUUUGGCACUAUUCAAUUUGUCCUCGACUGGCAUUUAUAGUUUUUUGAAUGAAGACAAACUUAAACUAUGUAGAUCGUUAGUAACACACGACUCAUAUCUGUAUUCCCAUCUCAGGGUGCCUAUCAAACAUUAUGUUGUCCAAAAAAAAAAUCACCAUUUGCAGUUGAAAAGCUGCCACACGAGGGAGUCUGAAGACAUUUUAAAGGGAUAUUUUGUAAAUUAGUUGCAGUGUGGUUUUUAACUCUGUACUGUUGUUGCUGGAGAUGUGUUAAAAAUGUGUAUUUUUUUGUUUUGUUCGUUGUAUAUUUGAAGCGAAAUAACCCCCACAUUCAAGGCUGUUGGUUUUUGGAAAGUACCCAACAUCUCUUUCCCUUAACGAACGACGCUUAAAAAAAAAAAAAAGUGCAUCUAAAACAAACUGUUGCGCAUUUGGCACAAACAUUGCAUCACUGCAAAUACUUGCGUGUUAAAGUGUACAGUUACUGAGUUGAUUCUUAAUUUGCACAAGAAUGGCAAAACGGGUGGUGCAUGAAGAGGUUUUCUUUUUCCUUAACAUGAAAAACUGUUUGUAGUCAAUUUGUGUGCUCUAAAACAGGGUGAAACGUUCAAAGCCAUAGGUCCAAAAUUAUACAGAGGUUUAAUUUGCAUUAUUAGUACUCUUAGGGCAACAAAUUUAAAAGCAAAGAAUAUUAUUUGUCAGGGGCGGAGCUCAAACAUUUUAUAUCCUGGGGCAGGAGGGGGGGCAGAAGACUUUGGAAAUGUGGCAAAUGAGAGAAUUACAUAUUUGGAUUAUCAAAUAGUGUAAAAUAUAUAUACAGUGUUUCCCAUAUUUUCACGUUACUUUAUUCGCGGUUUUAUGUAUUCGCAGAUUUUCAGUCAGAUGACUCUUCUCCGCUGUGUGGAAAUAAACCUCAGCACGUCUUUCGGACGCAAAACAUUUUUAGUCAAGUAUCUUGAGUUAUCUGUGUUUUUAUGCGAUGAACUGGAAGAGUCACAUGACUGAAAAAAAAGCUGCAAUUACGUGAAACGGCGAAUAAAGAAACGUGAAUACGCAGGAGGAUACUCUAUAUUUACAUAUACUUAUAAGCAUAUACUUAUAUAUAUAUAUAACAGAUAUUACACAACUUGAGUGGCCCAAGAUUAAAGUUAAAAAUGUUCCUUUUGUUAUUUAUGCAAUGCUUAAAUAAGCUUGUAUUGAUGAUUUUUUUAGUCUUUGCUAGUAAUAAUACAAGUAUUGACUCAAAAUUUGGUCAUUAUUAUUAUUUUAUUUGAGAAUAAAUAUUAGAGCUAAAAUAUCAUUUCAGCACCAAGAAAGCAAGAGUAUAUAUAAAAAAAAAAAACAUAAAAAAAAAAAAAAAAAAAUUUUUCUGAAGAGACGCUUUAGAUGCACUUUGAGGGGAAAAAUAAGUCUUCAGUUUAAACCAAAGAAAUGUGUAUAAGUGAAAUUGAUAGGAUGUACAUACACUGUCAAGGAGAAAAACUACAGACCACCUUUGCUCCCUUAAUGUCCUUUUUUAUUUAAAAAAAAAACUGCCUUACGGUUAAUAUGCUAGUGUCAAAGUUUAAAAUAUGACGGCAAGUGCCAGAGUUUCUAUCAAUUAUGAGCUUGUUUUGCCUCUGUACUGCUUCUUUUUAUGUAUUCAGAACAAUUGUCUAUAAAGGGGUUUUUUCUCUGCAGUAUUGUGUAGAAGUUCAUUUGCAGACCUGAGGCAGGAGAUGCAACUGAUGAAACAGGAGAACAAAUGUUAUCUUUCUCCUACUUUGUGUUGUCUUUCCGUACGCUCGGUGGCACAAUUAUGUAACCGCGUUCAAUUGUGUUCCCUGUGGUACGCUCUGUCUGCACUUUUACACUGGGCCCAUUUCUCCAUGUCACCAAACAGCUCGCCGUCCUCAGUGUUCACGAUAGAGGGAAGCUAUUUGAAUGUGACUGAAUAGCUGCUUCCCCUUUGCAUAAGGUAAAGAAAGCACAAUCGCCAAACUUCAGUCUCAAAUGCAACAACAGUGCUGCAGUUUCCCACUGAGAUCAACCAUGUUCCAAAAAUAUGGCUUAGCGCUCUUGAUCAUGUCUUUGAACUGUUUACAUCUUUCAGAUGCUGCUGUAAAUUGCUAAGGGUCUUACAGCAAAUGAACCUACAUAUAUGCAGUUUAUUUUAUGAUGGUUCAAAAAACUUAUAUUAUCAUAAAUCAAAUUAUAAAAAUACAAAAAAAACACAUUUUUUUUGUUUGUUUUUUUUUAAACAGGAAAAAAAGCUUUUGUGUGUGAGCAGCUAAUCCCGCUGAGUUCUAUACUUACUCAGGUGUCAGACUCUCUGUUUCUAUUAACAUUGUGCUGUGAUAUUAUAGUUUCCCUCACAUCUUCCUCCAAUGGUACAUGCAAUAUUCAUGCAUGGCUGCUGUCUCCUAACAGAAUUUCUUGUCACUUUUUCUUCUCCCUUUCACCAUGUGUUCUGUGUUUGAAAAUGCUUUGCAUUUUUGACCAUCCCUGCAUACUAUAAAAAUAAAGUUUCUUUAUUUAAAAAGGGACUCAUGAUGCAACACUUGAGUUAAUUUUAGUAUUCCCUUUUAAUUUAUCUUCUCAUUUUGUGUCAAGCCCAUAUUUAUUUGAAAACACAUCAUCCACCUCAGAAGCUCUUAACCCCUCCCACCUUCUGCUAAUGCAGGAUGUCUGAUUGGCUGGUUCCCAUGAGAGCAUAACCAGCUGCUAACUAACAUGCUCAACUGUUCUAGUGCCAAAAGUAAAAAAAUGUGACAAAUCAUAAACAAUACUUUUAUAUUUAAAAUGAUUUAGUAAAUAUAUGUAUCUUUCAAUACUUGACUGUAUAUGAGAAUUGGACUGAGUGACUCCUCCCCUUCACAUUGUAAACAAGAAGACAAAAUCUCAUAAGCUUCUAUAUAGAAAUCAACAGCUUUUACUCUGUUGUUGUAUUUGUCAGAAAAACCCUUCUUGCUCUACCUUUAUUUAACAUGUUCUUGAUGAUUCUACUUUUUUUUCAUAUUUUUUCUGUAGGGUAAAUUAUUCAAGUUAUAAACUGGCCAAUCAGAUGCCUCAGUAAACAUAGGUGGUCUCAUGUUGAAUCUUUGAUUGAUACCUUCUCUUUGGUAUUAGGGGUGUGGCCUUCCAACAAGCUCAUUCCUGAUUGGGGAUAGUGGUUGCUAUAGGAAUGUUGAGUCAAACCCACUCGGACCAAUCAAGGCUUACUGACAUUGUCUAGUUCCAACAUGGCGCCGUCCAUAUCGCAAAAACUAAAUUAAUUUCAUUAAAACCAGAAGCUAGUUUUUUUCUUUGGUUGACCUCACUCUCACUCUGUCCAGUUCUCAUAUACAGUCGAUAGUUUCCCUCCAAACUGUGACCUUGAACAUCAAAACAAGCUGUAGAACCCAACAGCCAAAGUUUCGCCUCAGUUAAAACCCUUGUUUUGUGGUAUAAAACUCUCACACCUCGUGCAAACUAAAGACGCUUGUGUUGUCUGGCAGCUGGCGUGUGGAAAUUCAUCUUGAUCCCCCCUCUUACCUGCAAACUGUUAAAGGACACGAAGGCUCCCGUUGCUGCUGGGUGCACUCUGCUACAAACGAUUAACUUCAAUUCAGCUAGUCACUGCAUCCCUUUCUUUAAAGACCCACUACGAUGAAAAUCGUGUUUUUGGUGUUUUUAACAUGUUCUUGUGGCAUUUUUCUGAUGUCAGAGGACAUAUAUAAAGUUAAUUAUUAUAUUUUUAAGUCUUUCUUUACUCAUAUUGUGAAUCAGAAGCAGGCAAAAAAUAAAAAAGAUGUUAGAAAUAGCCUGCAGCUGUGACACAAGACUUACAACGGCAAUCCGGAUGCAUGGAUCCAUUUUCGUUGCCCCUGUAAUGUUAAAUCAGGGGUUUGAGGGGCUGUAAGCUAGUGUGAAAGAGUGUAAGCAGAUGGAUGUCAGGAAAUAGGGGCAGGCUUACUCCAUGCAAACAGUCCCGCCCAAAACUAAGAGGCAAAUUUCUAAUGAACUAAUGGAAUUCAACAGUAACAUAAAUCAGGGUCACAGUAUUAAUUUACAGUCACUGGUUUGGGUGCCAACCACAUCCAAAACCAGAUUCAUACUGGGCUUUGCUUUAGAAGGAGUAAAGUGUUGUUCAAAAAUCUGUACACAAUGGAAAACUGCAUCCUCUGUGGUAUUCCCAUCCAGAUUAGUUUGGGACAAAAUCUGUGACGGUGAUUGAAUAGGUCAGAAAGCACACAAGCAAACAAAAAGUAAUAAUAAUAGGUCCUCUUUUAAGUAAAUGGAUUUUGCAGUUACACGCCACAAAACAUGGGACAUUUUGUUAGAAUUUAAUCAGAUUAAGUAAAUAGGAUUUUGGAAACCAACUUCAAGCAUUAUAAAGUGAACAACAUUCAUCAUUAGCAAGGGCGGAACAUUUAUUUAAAUAACUGCCUUUCUGUGCAGAAACCACGCAGUUAAGGAGAAAAAGGACUUUAUUUUUUAUUGCAAACCACCCACCACCACCACCACCACGCUGGAGAUGUAUGCCAGCAUCAAUCUGAGCACAUCUGAGUUUCAUGCCCUCGUGGCAUGACUUCAUAUUUGUCACAGACAGUAGGUCUUUUAGGCCGAGGGGGGUAAACAGGAUUAAAAACCAACACAUUAUAUGUUUCAGUAUGAACAUGCUCAGUAUAGACAAAUGACAACGCUUGAAAUUUCAAACGGAUUAUAAACAUGAAUUUAAAAGCUGCAAAUACAUUUUUCUACUUAGUGGCCACUUGAUUUCCGGCAGCUCCUUUAAAAACAGGAAGCAUUUUCUGUUUUUCUGCAACCUUUCUGAUAUGAAUUGAAUCAUAUGGUUUAAAUGUUGUUGGAAAUUUUCAUGCUGAGUUGAUGCUGUUUGCGCAAAUCCAUGCAAAAGAUGUGUAAGUGUGUAACUGCUCAACUGUGGCUAUAAUGAGUGUGUAUCCUAAUGUCAUCAAUUACUUUUGAGGAAAAAAACAUAAAGAUGAAGAAUUUGAAUUUGUAAUAUUUUUAUAUUUUUGAGGGUAAAAAAAGCACCCGAAUAAAAAAAAAAAAAGAAUGCAGAAAAUGUUGGAAAUUGUUGACCGAAGUGGCAUUUCAUGCAUUUAGCCUUUUGACUUUUUGUGUCUUGAUAAUUGUCUUCUCUUCCUGAGGCUGUGUGAAUGUGCAUGCUUGUCUGAUGUUAUUUAUGGCCGAUGCUCACUGACAAGAAUUCACUAACAGGGGCAAGCCAGGAUGAUGCCCAGAGGACGGUCUGAGUAACCAAAGGGAAAUCUGUGGAAUGUAAUGGAUUUUAAAAUUUCAACAUUCAAAAGACUUGACUGAGACAGUCAGUCUCAUCUAAAUGAACUACAUGUGUAAAAAAAAUAUGCAUUAUGUGUACAGUUCUCCUGAAACAUUGUGUUAUUGGAAAUAAAAUGGAUUUAUCAAAUACGA